ACUCAAAAUCUUCUUUUUUCCGUUCCCUAUCAAUCAAACCAAUCUGGGCCGCACAGAAUAAUGCCUAGAGCAAAAGCUCGGGAGGUGGGGAGGCCAGUGGAGUUCAUGGAGCGUUGAAUAGAUGGCCGGAGCCAAGGAAGAUGGAAAUUACUCGAGGAAAAAAAAAAUGUCGGCAUUUUAGGGAGAGGAGGGGGGUGGGAAAGAAGGAUUCUGAAAAAGCAAGGGCGACAGCUAGAAGCAAGGCCCCAGCCAGUGUACCCUCUUCCAGUUGAAUCGCGAGUGGCACAGGGGAGGGAUAGGCAGCUGUCCCUUGCUUGAUUGAUUGAUGUGGGCAAGAUUUUUCGAACUAAAAUUAGAAACUAAUAUUUAUAAAUACAUUUACGAAUAGCAAUAAUAUUUUAAUACAAUGUCAAUGCAUAUGGGAUGAAAUACGCACUUUAUAUGCACUUUAAUCCAGCAGCAUUUUAUGUCAUGUUACUGUAUUUUCGCGCAGCUACCUGUGAAAGCCGCAGCUGAUCCGUCUCAGACACCGCUGUAAAUAUGGCGCUUCUGCUUAACUUCACCAUUGCAAACUAACGUUUUAAAACAAGGACUCUUCACUUGGUGUUGCGGCCAUGAAGAGAGUUAAUGCACAUUACAUUUAGUACACAUUUGAGGCUGUUAUCGCCUAAUUUAGUGGGCAAAGGGAACAAUUUGCAAUUUAUUAGCUAGUAAGCUAACUAGCUAGAUAGUUGCUUUCGUAAAUAAACCAGCUAACGUUAGCUAUUUUGUUUAGCGACCUUGUCUUGAACAAGUAAACAUUCGCAAUAAAUGUAGUUUAAAGUUCUCUGAAAAUGAAUUUUUACUUCACUGAAUUGUCUCACUCCGACAGCUUUUCCUUCAUAUGAUUGAAAGCUAAUCCAAUAAUUGCUUGCUAUUGCAAAACCAUCAAGAAACUCUACUAGUUGGCUUUGUUGCUGCGAGAAAUGGCAGCAGUCGGGGUUUAACAUGGUGGGUGUGUGCCAUCAGUUAGGACCGUGGACAAUAACCUGGUUUCACGAUAAGACAUGUAUGAUUCGCACCAUUGUCGUAUCCUUGCACACGAACGUAAGUCAAAGACGUGCACAAAGCUGUACAUUUCGAAUGCAAGCGUAUAAACUACAUAACAUUUUGUUCCUCCCUUAUAGCCUUUGUUUCCUAAGCCUUGUAUAUGUAAAUAUACAUGCAUGUUUCAUUAUCGUUUUGACAAAUAUCUUACAGUCAUAGGUAGCUGCAUUAUCGUGUAUGUUAUUGCACUACAGGGAGUAGAUCAUCUCUGUCAGAGCAAUCCAGCAUUACCAUGUUCUAUUCAUAAACAUGGAAAUUAAUCAAGUGUAAAAGUAGAAUGUAAUCGUGUUUAGGCCAUUAAUAACAUUCUUUAUUUCUAAUGUUUAGACUACAAUAAGGGUCAAAUAUUUAUAGCACUUGGUCUUUCAAAGAGGGAAAAAUAAUUCAAUAGAUUUUCACUGUAGUUUUGCAAUUUACCUCAACCCUUCUCCAUAGUGCACUAUUAGUCCAAUAAUGUUUACCAAAUACAAAUGUCAGUUUUUGUAACUUGUCCUGUUUUCAAAUAAUCUCCAUUUAUCAUGAAGAGUAAUUUAUACUAUAAUAGCCUUUUUUUAAUUCUCAACAGUGUGUGGACCUAUGUGUUUUUCUAGGUCUGCCAACAUGAUGGCUGCCCAGUCGGAUUCCAUAGACAAGUACCUGGAGGGAGAGCAGCAGAUGCUGGGGGCGGAGCAGGCGGACGGUGACGAGGGUUUGGAUGAAGCCUCCAGUCCAACCCCCACUGAGCCCCAGACCCCCAUGGAUGUAGAUAAGGCUUCCAUAUACCGGCAUCCCUUGUUCCCUCUCCUGGCCCUGCUCUUUGAGAAAUGUGAGCAGUCUACACAGGGCUCAGACUGUGUCACGUCAGCCAGCUUCGACGUGGACAUUGAGAACUUUGUCCGAAGCCAGGAGAAAGAGGGCAAAGCCUUCUUCAGUGAGGACCCUGAUCUCGACAAUCUGAUGGUGAAGGCCAUCCAGGUGCUGCGGAUCCACCUGCUGGAGCUGGAGAAGGUCAGCGACCUGUGUAAGGACUUCUGCAGCCGCUACAUCUCCUGCCUCAAGACCAAGAUGAACAGCGAGACGCUGCUGAGUGGAGAACCUGGCAGCCCCUACUCAUCUGGACAGGGUUUCUCCCCCACCAAGAUCCAGACGUCCAGCUGUUUCACAGGAACCCUCAGUCCCCAGGGGAUUGUGGUGCCAGCAUCGGCCCUGCAGCAAGGCAACGUCACCGUGACAACAGUCAACCCCACACAGGUUAUAGCAGGUGGCGCAGUCUACCAACCAGUUACAGUAGUCAACUCACAGGGCCAGGUGGUGUCACAGACCCUCUCGCCCCAGACCAUACGCAUCCAGAACACACAGCUCCAGCUGCAGCUCAACCAGGACCUGAGUUUCUUCAACCACGACGAAAGCUCACCCAAGAACAAGCGUGGCGUUCUUCCCAAACAAGCCACCAACGUCAUGCGCUCCUGGCUCUUCCAGCACAUCGGGCACCCCUACCCCACGGAGGAUGAGAAGAAGCAGAUUGCUACCCAAACUAACCUGAGCCUCCUCCAAGUCAACAACUGGUUCAUAAACGCGCGGAGGCGAAUCCUGCAGCCCAUGCUGGACGCCAGCUCUUCGGAGACACCCAAAACCAAGAAGAAACCUCCACCGAACAGGCCGCUACAGCGCUUCUGGCCUGACUCCAUCGCCACGGGGAUGACCCAACAACCGGUCCAGAUGCCAGAUGGAACCACGGUGAUGAUGAGUGUGGAGGGUCUCCGGAGCCUGACAUCAGACGGCGCCACGCUGGCCGUGCAGCAGGUGAUGAUGGGCGGGCACAGCGAGGACGAAUCAGGAGACAGCGGGGACGAGGACGACGAUGAUGACGACAUGGCUGGGCUGGGCCUGGACAACAGCGACUCCUUGCAGUAGGACACAGAUGUACUGUACACACACACACACACACACGAAGACAUACACACUUAAAAACAAACUUUAAUAUGUGUGUGUGUGUGUGUGUGUGUGUGUGUGGUGGUUAAGACCAUCAACUGACUCAUUAUGUAGGUAGGCUGAUAAUGAAUAAGGCGGGCUGAUAAUGAAUUGCAACACACACUUAGAACCAAAUCAGAGCCAUUUUUGAUGCUCUGCUAAAAAUAGGAUGGCUCAGAUUAUGUAUGUACUGUAGAUAGACUGGUAUUGCGUCGCAAGUACACAAUGUAAGUAUACGCUCUCUCGAUCGGUUUACACCGAGUACAACCACUGGACAUACGGGAUCACUCCUGAUGUCCCUUUAAUGAAUGGAGUGUCUUGUGUGUGAGGAGUUCGAUUUCAGAAAGCGUUUUUACUAUGCCGUCUGCUUGUGUAGGCCAGUGUUUUUCUGUAUAAUAUCAUUGUAUGUUCCAAAAGACAGAGAACGGAAGCAGCAACAACCACAAAAAAAUCAUCAAGUGUUAAAAAACACACUCUGAAGCUCCGUUACUAAAUGUUGAAUGAUUUCUUAUUUUUUUUAUUUAAUCUCUUGUUGGAUGCCAACACUUUCAAGUUGUAUCUGUAAUGGGUUUUGUUCACUUUGCAUGCCUGUGUUUGACUACAUGUGCCCACUCUGAUUAGGACUGGCUUACAGGCAGAGCCCAUGGUGUACAGGAAGACCCUAUAGGUCCAGAAAUGCCCGUUAGGAAAAUUUAAAGUAAAGAGGCUUAUUUUUAUAUACAAACAUGAGACGUAUGUUUUUUGUGUUGGUGUUCUCUUGUUUUGUUUUGUUUGUCUUGUUUUGUUCGGAAUGUUUAUGUGCAAAGGUUUUGUUAUUGAUAUUCGCGGCCCUGUUUUCCAGGGUCCAAUUAAGUUUUCUAAAUAUUGAUGACAAACGAGAAGAAAAAAAAUUGAUUAUGUCAAAUGGUUUUUAACACGAUCCGAAAAAGGCCUUAUUUACAGUUAACUGCCAAAAUAAUGGAAACACUUUAGUAAAUGAGUGAUACAAAGUAUAUUUAAACCAGGGGGUUCUACACAGGGUGUGGUUCGGGAGUUUAAUUAACACAUUAACAUCCCAUCUUGCUUAGGGUCAGGUAUUAAAAAUGCCCAGUUGCUGAUUUAUUAUGGCUAGAAGAGGUCUCCGUGACUUUGAAAGAGGGGUCUCAAAGGAGCAUGGUUUAAAGUGUGUGUGUGUGUGUGUGUGUGUGUGUGUGUGUGUGUGUGUGUGUGUGUGUGUUUGUCUCAGUUACCAGAUCUCUACCAAAUUGAACACUUAUGGGAGAUUGUGGAGCGAUGCCUGAAACAGCAUUUUCCACCAUCAAUAGAACACCAAAUGAUGGAAUGUCUCGUAGAAGAAUGGUGUUGCACCCCUCCAGUAGAGUUCCAGAAUGGUGUUGCACCCCUCCAGUAGAGUUCCAGAAUGGUGUUGCACCCCUCCAGUAGUGUUCCAGAAUGGUGUUGCACCCCUCCAGUAGAGUUCCAGAAUGGUGUUGCACCCCUCCAGUAGAGUUCCAGAAUGGUGUUGCACCCCUCCAGUAGAGUUCCAGAAUGGUGUUGCACCCCUCCAGUAGUGUUCCAGAAUGGUGUUGCACCCCUCCAGUAGAGUUCCAGAAUGGUGUUGCACCCCUCCAGUAGAGUUCCAGAAUGGUGUUGCACCCCUCCAGUAGAGUUCCAGAAUGGUGUUGCACCCCUCCAGUAGAGUUCCAGAAUGGUGUUGCACCCCUCCAGUAGG